GUCACUUCUGCUUAAAACAGCUCUAUCCAGUUCGGAACUCUCGCAUUUUGUUGUGAAAUGGCUGCUGCGAACUACCACUGCCCCGCGAGUCUGAUAUUGCGGUCCGACAUUGGGGUUCGUUUUGUUCACACUUUGACGCUAAAGAGCACCGAGAAUUCAUGGCUUGGAACUAAAGUUAGGGUUUCACCAUGCAAUCUCAAUCUGAGACCUCUCGUGUCCGUUUGCCGGCGCCGCCCACCCGCCGCCACCGUCUCCUUCAGCCUCCCCACCGCAAAUCCAGAGCGUGCUUCUCCUGGCCAAGAAAUCCCCAAAUGGUCUUCCAAGGCUAUAAAAUCGUUUACAAUGGCUGAAUUGGAGGCGAGGAAACUUAAGUAUCCCACUACGGGAACUGAAGCGCUUCUCAUGGGGGUUCUCAUCGAGGGUACUAACCUAGCUGCUAAGUUUUUGCGAUCCCAUGGAAUUACACUUCUCAAGGUGCGAGAUGAAACUGUGAAGUUACUAGGAAAAGCUGAUUUGUUUUUCUUCAGCCCAGAGCAUCCUCCACUAACUGAUGAAGCUCAGAGGGCCCUUGAUUGGGCUGUUGAUCAAAAAAUAAAAUCUGUUGAUGGCGGAGAAAUUACCACAGCACACAUACUUCUUGGCAUCUGGUCUGAAGUGGAUUCUCCUGGUCACAAGAUUCUGUCCACCCUUGGCUUUAAUGAUGACAAGGCUAAAGAGCUUGAGUCCUCAAUUUCUAAACCUGGAUGUACGGAUGAUUGAUGUCUGGUUAAAAAUGUAUGGGAAAGAGUUUUGCUUUAAGUGCGUAUUGAUCAUUGAUGCCAUUGUUUGUACAAUUGAUAGAUCAACAGGCUGUUCUGUUUUGCCUAUUGAUUUGGAAUGCAUAAAUCUAAUUUUCAAA